UUGAACGAUGUGAGCGCCUCUUGUGACAAGAAUCGAAACUAGUAGUUGUUGUGAUGUGAAUCUUCGGUUUCAGUUUUGUGAUUGUUUAAAUGAAUCAUGGCUCCAAAGGGAGACGCGAUAUUGCAAGGCUUUAAGGUUAAUUGGUUAAACUUACGUGAUGCAGACACUGGCAGAAUACUGUGGCAGGGCAAUGAAGACUUAUCAUUACCUGAUUGUGAACAUGAAGCACGUGUACCUAAGAAAAUUUUACAAUGCCGUGCUGUGUCUCGUGAGAUAAAUUUCUCCUCUGUUCAGCCUAUGGAUAAAUUCCGUCUUGAGCAAAAAGUUCUCUUUAAGGGUCGCUGUCUUGAAGAAUGGUUCUUUGAUUUUGGAUUUGUGAUCCCACACUCUACUAACACAUGGCAAUCAGUAAUUGAAGCUGCUCCUGAAAGCCAAAUGAUGCCUGCUGCAGUGCUUAGUGGAAAUAUUGUGAUUGAGACAAAGUUUUACAAUGGUGAAGAUUUGGUGUCCACUUCAAAAGUUCGCUUGUAUUAUGUGUAGUUAUUUUUUUUCACUUUGGAUGAUGGGGAAAUAUAUUUAUGGCAUGAAGUAAGAUCUCAAAACAUGCUGCUUUGCAAAAUAGUUCCUAAAGUUAAGUUUUUUGUGGUUAUCAGCAACCAAAUUUUGUGAACCCUAGAAGGGUUUUUUUUACUAUCUAAAAGCAAAAUUUAUUUAGAGGUUGUGCAAUUUUUUUUUGACUUGCAGUGAAACCUUAAUGUAACAGUAGCAUUCAGUAGUUUUUCACUUGGUACUUUCCACUCAUUGUUUACCUUCCAUUUUUACUAUUAAUUACUUUUAUUACUCCAUGAAGUUGUCUUUAUCAUUGAGCCGUACUCUAUGUUUCAAAUCAUGGUGUAGAGAGAUCUCCCUACACCGUGUUUCAAAUCUUUUAUCACUGAAUUGUAACACUGUACUUGAGUCGAAAUGAUUCUAUAGCCUUUCGGAAAUUCAAUAAUUUUCUUGUGAUUUAAUGCAACGGGUCCAAAACAAAGUUUUUGUUGCAGGACAAACAGUUUAACGUUAAAAUUUAUAAUGACAACCAUUUUGUAGCAAUUGUAGCUUAGCUAUGUCUGUUGUUUUUUUUGUGAAUGUGCAUACCAUUCACAAAUAUGGAAGGGACAUUUUUGUCAUGCCGUUUUACUUGUACUAAGGACCUCUUAAUUCUCAUUAUCUUGGCAUCUGUUUUGAUUCAAUAAUUUUGGUUCUCCUUUUGUAUUGAAAUUGAAAUUGAUCUCAAAUCAUGUUUGAAGACAAAUGACCAGAACCUAGAAAUCUAAAUUUUAGAAGACUGAUGAUCUUGAAGAUUAAAACUGUGUAAGUUUAGUGUGAGAAGAAAGGUUGUUUCUUUUGUUUUACAUGUAUUUUAUGCAUGUAUUCUUAUUACCUAAUGUAACAAGACAGCAUGAUAUGACAAUCUCUUAGCACUCUCGUUUUCAUGUAACUGAUAAAGGUACGCAAAAGUUGCCAUUCAGUUUAUCUUUUAAAUUUUGAAUAACCUAAUGUAAGUGCCUUACAUGUUUGUACACAGGAUGCAACAGAAUGUCUUUUUAUUCCACAAAUAUUUUGAGCUUUUUGCUUAUUGCAGCUUAAUUUGUGUUACCUUAAUUCUAUGCAAACUGACAUGGCCGUCUCUCAAGGAAGUGUUAUGUUUCACUUGAUUAAUUUUGAAUCUAAAAAGGUGCAACAUAGUGGAAUUGUAGAGUUAGUUCUGAUGUUACUUUGAAAUCAGUAUUAAAUUUUAAGCUCAUGUGAUUAGAAAUGUUUCAAGCCUAACUGUGGGCCUUAUUAUUAUUAAUUUGGUGCUCUUUAUAUGUUCAGUAUACUCGUGUAUCACUUAUCCAUUUACAGUUAUCACCUGAUU